AUGGGUGCAGCGUUGCCUUUACCGCAGCGUGAUGCAGUUGGACCGAGGAAGGCGUUGUUGUUGUUGUUACCGCCGCCGCCGCCGCCGCUCUUGGAGAGAGGGAAGCAGCUGACCAGCCGGCGAGGAGAGGAAAGCAAAAGCGCGCCACCCCGGCUCACCCAAGGCUGGGAUCGGAGGAGAGAGCGAGGCUGUGCGCAGCAGAAGCCCGAACCUGCCCGCAGUGGCGGAUCUGCUCGCUGGGCGUUUGGCAGGAAGAGGUGUUUUUCCUUCCGAUCGCUGCUCGGGUGCUGCGUCUGCGUGCGUUUCUCUCCCUCCCCGCGACACCCUGCGCUUCUGCCGCAGCUCCGAGGGGAGAGGAAAGCCUGGGCGCACGAGCAGGGCGCGAUGGCGACGGGCAGAAGCAACCCCCCCUAA